AUGCCGCCAAAGAAGAAGGGUAACAAGAAAGCCCAGGACAACUGGGAAGCCGACCUGGGAGAGACCAUCACUCCAUCCAAUGCCGCCGCCGAGUCCAACGAUGCUGCCGAGCCUGAAGCCGAUGCCGACGAUGACGCUGCUGGUGGAGGUGGAUUGAUGGCCAUGCUACGAAAGAAUAAAGAGAAGCGGAAGAAGAAGGGCCUCGUACAAGACGACUUCGUCGAGGGUGAAGAUGCUCCCGGUGCCGAACCGGCCAACGGAAACGACCUUAACAACAAGGCACCGCAAGAAGCUACACUGGAUGACGAGUUUGACAUGCCGGGAAAGAAGGGUAAAGGACCCAAAGGAAAAGCUGCACCCAAGAAAAAUGAGCCCGCCGACGAGGAAGAUGCCGAGUCUGGCAGAAUCCUCACCAAGGCCGAGAAGGAGAAGUUGAAAAAGGAGCGCGAAAAGCAGCGAAAAAAGGAACAGGCUGCCAAGAAGAAGACUACCGCCCCAGCCAAGGCUGCCGAACCCGCCAAACCUGCUGCUGCAAAAGAUGUUGCUGCUACCCCAGAUACCCCAGCGCCUGCCGCUGCUACCGAGGCCGGAGGCAAAAAGAAGAAGGUACCCGCACAUCUCGCCAUGCUGCAGAAGCAGCAAGAGGAACUGAGAAAACGACGAGAGGACCAAGAACGCAUGGAAGCAGCGGCCAAGGCUCGCGCUGAAGAGGAAGAGAAACUGGCCGAAGAAGACCUUAAACGCAGGGAAGAGGCCAAGGCUCUCAAGAAGCAAAAAGAAAAGGAGAGAAUUGAGCAGCUGAAGAAGGAGGGCAAGUUCCUCACCAAGGCCCAGAAGGAAGAAAAGGCCCGAAAUGAGCGAAAACUCCAGCAAAUGUUGGCCGCAGGAAUCAAGGUUGGACCCCAGGAGUCAUCAGAUGAGCCAAAGAAGAAGGUUGUCUAUGACAGCAAGAAGAAGAAGCCCAGAAAUGACAAGAUUGAUGAAGAAGCAGCUCUAGCCGAAGCUGCUGAGAGAGCUCGGGUUCAAGCUGAAAAGGUACUUAGAGAAGCCGAGGAGAAGGCUGCGCGAGAAAAAGCCGAGGCGGAAGCCAAAAAGGCUGCUGAGAAGGCCGCCGCCGAAAGUGACAUUGAAGACGACUGGGAAGCGGCCGCGGCCUCCGAAGAUGAUGUCAAAGAUAGCUGGGAUGCGGACUCCGACGAGGAGGCUGCGGCCAAGACUAAUGGCAAAAAGGCCGGCAAGGGGAAUGAGGACGAAGAGGAGGAUGAAGAAGCCGAGGAUGACGAAUCCGAAUCUGAAUCCGAAGAUGAGGAGCUCUCUGCUGCCCAGCAAGCAGAAAUCCAGCGUAAGAAGGAGGCUGCUGAGAGAAGGGAAAAAGCGCACCAGGCUGCUUUGGCCGCCCGCUCCAAAGACAACUUGCGAUCGCCCAUUUGCUGUAUCUUGGGUCAUGUCGAUACUGGAAAAACCAAGUUGCUUGAUAAGAUUCGCCAAACCAAUGUUCAAGAAGGAGAAGCUGGUGGUAUUACCCAACAGAUUGGCGCCACGUACUUCCCUGUCGAUGCCAUUAAGCAAAAGACCGCCGUCAUUAACCCAAACAACGAGUUUGAGUUUAAGGUUCCCGGCUUGUUGGUCAUUGAUACUCCUGGUCACGAGUCUUUCUCUAACCUGCGUUCUCGUGGUUCGUCUCUUUGCAACAUUGCUAUCCUGGUUGUGGAUAUCAUGCACGGCUUGGAACCUCAGACUCUGGAAUCUAUGCGGCUCCUCCGAGAUCGCAAGACCCCAUUCAUUGUUGCCCUGAACAAAAUUGACAGACUUUACGGAUGGAAGAAGGUUGACAACAAUGGCUUCCGUGAAAGCUUGGCUUUACAGAACAAGGCUGUCCACAACGAGUUCAAGAAGCGCCUUGAAGAGACUAAGCUAGCAUUUGCGGAGCAGGGAUUCAAUUCGGAGCUCUUCUACGAGAACAAGUCUAUGUCCAAAUUCGUCUCGCUGGUACCCACGUCCGCACAUACCGGUGAAGGUAUCCCGGACAUGCUGAAGUUGAUCGUCCAACUCACCCAGGAGCGCAUGGUUGGCUCACUAAUGUACCUGUCGGAAGUCCAAGCUACCGUUCUUGAAGUCAAGGCCAUUGAGGGCUUUGGUAUGACCAUCGACGUCAUCUUGUCCAACGGCAUACUUCGCGAGGGCGACCGAAUAGUCUUGUGCGGCACGGAGGGCGCCAUCAAAACAAACAUUAGAGCUCUCCUUACGCCAGCACCGUUGCGUGAACUGCGUCUGAAGUCACAGUAUGUCCACAACAAGGAGGUCAAGGCUGCGCUGGGUGUCAAGAUCAGUGCCCCUGGUCUUGAAGGUGCUAUUGCUGGUUCCCGACUUAUGGUGGUCGGCCCCGAUGACGACGAGGAAGAUAUCGAGGACGAAGUGGUUGCGGAUUUGGCAAGCUUGCUCAGCAGAGUCGAGAAGACUGGCCGCGGUGUCAGUGUCCAAGCAUCUACCCUUGGUUCUCUCGAAGCCUUGCUGGACUUCUUGAAGGACUGCAAGAUUCCAGUCGCGAACGUCGGUAUCGGCCCAGUAUAUAAGCGAGAUGUUAUGCAAUGUGGUAUCAUGCUGGAAAAGGCUCCAGAUUACGCUGUGAUGCUUUGCUUUGAUGUCAAAGUUGACAAGGAGGCACAGGCAUAUGCUGAAGAACAAGGCAUUAAGAUCUUCACUGCCGACAUUAUCUACCAUCUGUUUGACUCCUUUACAAAACACAUGGAUGAGAUGCUGGAGAGAAAGAAAGAAGAAUCCAAAAUGUUGGCGGUCUUCCCAUGUGUUUUGAAGCCUGUUGCUGUAUUUAACAAGACCGGCCCCAUUGUCAUUGGUGUUGAUGUCGUGGACGGUCAGCUCAAGAUUAACACGCCCAUCGCGGCAGUAAAGACGAAUCCAGUGACGGGCGUCAAGGAGGUUAUUAGUCUUGGCAGAGUAACCUCAAUCGAGAGAGAACACAAGCAAAUUCCUGUUUGCAAAAAAGGUCAGCCAUCGGUUGCGGUCAAGAUCGAAAUGGGUGGCCACCAGCCGACUUACGGCCGACAGCUUGAGGAAGGCGAUACCCUGUACAGUCUGAUCUCCCGAGCAAGUAUCGACUGCCUUAAGGAAUUCUAUCGUAAGGACGUGAGCAACGAAGAGUGGCAAUUGAUCAUCAAGCUGAAGCCACUCUUCGAUGUCAACUAA